AUGAGUGGUAGCGCUUUCGAGUUUCUGGGUUGGACAUUGCCGGACUCUCAUGCUAGGCCUCAUUAUCUCGAUCAUUACGGAGUAGCACCACAUACCAAAGCUAAAGGAAUGGACUUGUGUGGGAACCCAGACAUUCCUUUCAAAAUAUUCGACGAAGGUAAAGCCUUCAUCUCCCAGAAAGACUUCCAACCUGCCGAAAAUGAAAGUAGCAGUCGCUUCAUCCUUGAGCGUGUCCACGAGGGCAACUUGAGAGACUUGGCUGACGUUUGCGACUUUCCGGUCUUCGCCAUAUGGUCUUACCAGCCAGAUGGUGUACUCAUGUCAGUGGAUCUCUGCGUACAAGGUGGAUUCCAGCUUUGGACACACCUUGUUCGUUGGGGCCAUUACAGGGACGUCCCACAGGCCGCUUUGCAGAGUGGUCUUCAGGUUGAUGAGCGAAGGGACCUUCAGGAUGAAUAUAGCGUCUCGAAGCAAUAUGGGAGAAGGGGGAAGUUGAAUUCUGGAGAUGUUCUUGGCAUGGAGUAG